AUGGCACAUAAUAGUUUUCCGAAUGGCAUCAGUAAUAAUCGUCGUUUAUCAGCGUUGAUUAUGCCCAUAGACAAUCAAUUAGCACAAGAAAACUACGAGUAUGAAUUUAUGAGGUUAAUGGAAGAAGAACGUCAAUUACUUGCUGCUCAUCGACUAUUACAAAAAGAAAAUGUUGUAGUUAAGCCAGCUCAACAGCAACAAAUGCCACAGCAACAGCAAACACAACAACAAUUACAACAGCAACAACAACAGCAAUUGCAACAACAACAAUUACAACAACAAUUGCCACAGCAUCCACAACACUAUCAACAACAACAGCUUCAACAAUUGCAGCAACAGCAGCAACAACAACAGCAGCAACAGCUUCAACAGCAGCAACUUCAACAGUUACAGCAACAACAACAACAGCUGCAGCAACAACAGCAACAGCAACUUCAACAGUUGCAACAACAGCAGUUGCAGCAGCAUCAACAGCACCAACAUCAACAACAACAACAACAACCCUAUUUUCCAUCUGUUGAUGAUAGGUAUUCAAAUGUACAAUCCCAUACUAGUCCUCAAGUUAGUCGACGUGUUUUACCAGUUGUGAAACCACUCCGAAUAAUUAUUAUUCGUCAUGCUGAACGAGCUGAUGCUGUUUUAGGAUCGGAUUGGUCAAAGAAAAGUUUUGAUCGAAGUGGUCGUUAUAUUCGAUUCAGUGAACAUUUACCUGAUGCAUUACCUACACGUUCUUAUCUACAUCACUAUGUGAUCGAUGUACCAUUAACUAAUCGUGGUCGUAUGCAUGCUUUUAAAACAGGUAAAGCAUUACUAUAUAAUGGAUAUGCAGCCGAUAUUUGUUAUACAAGUCCAUCAUUACGAUGUGUUCAAAGUGCUGAUGGUAUUUUAAGUGGUAUGGAUCGAAAACAUGUACCUAUGCAAUUAGAACCGGGUUUAUUUGAAUGUUAUUUAAAUGAUUUUAAACGUACAUUAUGUUUUAUGACUAAAGAUGAAUUAGCUGCGAAUAAUUAUAAUAUUGAUAAAUCUUAUCAAUCAUUGAUGCCAUUUAUGCGUCCACAUGAUAGUCAACUUGAUUAUUAUGAACGAUGUCGAAUAAUUAUGGAUGUUAUAACUGAACGACAUCAAAGUACAGGUGGAACUAUUUUAAUUGUAGCACAUGCUCCAAGUCUUGAAGGUCUUACAAGACAUUUAUCAGGUGGAAAACUUCAACCAGAAAAAUUAUUUGAUAUUGCUCGUCGUGUACCAUUUUUGGCAAUGACAAUAGUAGAAAAGAGUUAUAUGAGUAGUCCAUGGCUAUUUCGAACACAACCGCUUCAAACAAAUACAGCACAAUCAUUACAUGAUGUUUCACUUGAAUUAACUCAAUCAUCUACAUCAAUACCUACAACUGGUUCUCAUUAUCCACUGACUCAUCAAAAGCAAUCACAAGCAGUAUCAGCCCUUCAAAUACCUUCCGCACAUCCUCAAGAAGAUCAACAUGCACAACGUCAACAAUCCCGAACUCGGGUAACAACUGGUCCCAUACCAAUUGAUCCGAAGAAAGUAGUUAAAAGUUCAACAGCUCCUAAUUUACCAACAAGCAAUUCGCUUAGUGAAAUGUUUCGAGUGAUUUAA